UUGUGGGUGUAAACAAUUUGUAUAAAUAAUUCAUUGCAAGUGCUACGUUUAGUAGAGGGUUUAAUAUAGUUACUGACAACUGUGUGUUUGUUCAUAAGUAUCCAUUUAAUUUGCAGGGAAGGGAUCAUAAUAAUAGCAAAUACAUAGCUUGUAAAUAAAAUAACAUUUAACAUCUUCUACUUCAAAAUGGCAACUUAUAUAGGUUCAGUUCAUAACAGUUCAGAUUUAGUGAAGGACUACAUUUGUGGAGCCUGCAAAAGUAAAUCUUUUGAAGAAAUUGCUGAUUAUUUUUGUGCAACAUGUAUGAAGUUUUUCUGUGAAAAAUGCAUUUAUCAUCAUGAUCAGUUAUAUGUAAAUCAUUCCAAAUACGGAAGAGAAGAAACAAAUAAAUGGCCUCUUACAAAGACAAUGGAGGAUUUUUUACUGAAAUGUGAUGUCCACAAGGACAAGAAACUGAAAAUGUUUUGCCAGGACCACAGUCAGCUGUGUUGCACUGAUUGUGCUUUUCUGAAUCACAGACAGUGCAUCAAUGUGGCUCUGAUUUCUGAUUCAGUCAAAAACAUUUCAGUGGAUAUGCAACAGUUGUCAAACAAUCUUCAAACUAUUCUUGAUGACAUUAAUAUGUCAAAAAAUACACAAGAAGCUAGCAUUCAGGCUGUGGAGAUAUCAUGGAGUGAAAAACUGCAAGAAAUUAGAGAGCUUCGAAAGAAAUUAAAUACUGCUUUGGAUGAACUAGAAAAUACAACAUUGAAAGAACUGGAUUCAAUUAGGACCACAUUGCAAACUGCUCUCAAGAAAGAUGUUGACAAAUGCAGCAGACUGAAGGAUGAACUGAAACAACUCAGUGAAUCUGUAAAUGUCCUUUGUGAUAAGAGUAAGAAAGAUAUUGAAUUCAUAGCUAGCAGAAAAUGUCUGGACAAAAUAAACGAGUCUGAGUCAUAUCUGAAAGAGAACCAUAUGAAGUUGCAGAGUUCAAUGAUAUUCAAGGCAAACACUGACCUUGAGAAGUUCCUGUCUCAACAGGCUAGUCUAGGGAGGAUUGUAAAGAUAAAUCUAGACCAGAUCUUGACUGUGAAGAGCACAUCUGAGUUUAUUAUGAGAAUACCAAGUGACACAAAUGAUACUUGCUUAAUCAGUGGCAUUUGCAGCCUGCCCAGUGGCCAGAUCAUUGUAGCAGAUCAAAAUAACAAAAGAGUGAAGCUGUUGGACCAGCAUUACAAUGUGUCCAGUCACUGUGAUGUGUCUAAUUCUCCACGGAACAUUUGCCAAAUCACAUCCAGUGAGGUGGCUGUAACUGUUUAUAGAGAUCUGCUGUUUAUCUCUGUGAUCAAUGGGCAACUGGUGAAUGGGACAAAGUUUCAGUUACUGCAUGCAGCUUUUGGUAUUGCCUUCCAUCAGGGAGCAUUGUAUGUCACCUCUGGCACUGCCCUGUACCACUACACUGUGAAUGGAUCACUUGUGAAAAAAACUAUACGAGGAUACAGGUGGCUCAAAUACAGUUUCAAGAUGUGCAGUGAGUCCUGCUGGGGACAGGAUCUAUGUCACCAACUGCACCAUGAACAAGCUCAUCACAUUGGCUACAGAUGGCACCCUGAUAUCCACCUUCACGGACCUUGAACUUCGAAACCCAUGGGCUGUCCAUGUAACACCAUCAGGACAAGUGCUAGUCUGUGGAUGCAGCUCCAAUACUGUCAUACAGGUGGAUCAUGAGGGGAAAAAGAAACUGGCAACUCUGGUGUCCCAGAAAGAUGGAGUACGCAAACCAGUGUCUGUCUGCUACAACACCAACAUUCACCAGAUUGUUGUAGGACAACUUAAUAACAAUAAAAUCAUUUUGAUGGAAUUGCGAUAGGUCUUCCAUUAGACAUAGAAGUUUUUAUAUAGGUUGAGAGAAAAAGUUUAUUUAUAUAGUUUAUUUUUUGUAAAAUAAUUCUUUUUUUUUUAAUUUAAAUGUGUUGUUCUAAUGAUCUUAAGAAUGAACCAUUUGAAAAAAGCAUGCAUGACAACUAUCUACAUAUGCAUAAUGUUGAUGCUUAUUAGUUUUUUAGUCUGGCCUUAUUUAAUUUGUUGUUUGUCAGGAAACAGAUGUUGUAAGUGUUGAAUAUUAGUGUCAUUUAUGCUGGGAUAUAGCCAGACUAAAUAAACGGCAGGGGGUCAUAAAUGGGAAGUGCAUCAUCUUUCAAGCAAUUUUGUAGUUAUGUAAACUUUAUAUAUUGUGCUGUUUCCACAGAAGUACUUAUUUUUAAGCAUCUGUCCAGCAUAUAUUCCAUGAGGUAUGAAUCUUAUUUAAAAGAAUUGGAUGCUAAGAGAGUAAACUAUUAAGAGUUGCAAGCACAACGACGUUAAACUGCAAAUGUUUGAUGUUGGACAAAUCAGGUUAUUGUUUGUCUCUCUACACAAUGCAAGCUUGAAUAUGAUAUGCAAUGAAGACCCACAAAUCUGGAC